UUGUUAAAAGCAUAUAUACACAACGAUAUACACAGGUGUAGGAUGGAGCCAAUCAUAUCCAUCUCAAAUCCAAACAUUAUUAUUAUCUUCAAAAAAACAACCUUCAUAGCCAUUUCCUAAAAACCAGUUCUUGUUUUGUUUGUCACACACAAACAUAACACAUUGACAAAAUGAUGACAACGCCUCUUCAAAUUCAAUCUUCUCUGCAAAACCAAAGCUUUUCUCUUUCACUUUCAUCUUCCUUUUGCUAUUCCAAUACUCUUCCAUUCAAACAAAGGGUCAGUGUCUGUUACACUUACAGUACUGGAAGAGCAAUCUCUGUCACUUGUUCUAUCUCAAAAGUUCAUAACUAUGGUACUGUUGAUUAUGAAAGAAGACCCAAUGUGAAAUGGAAAGUUCUUUACAAGAGAAUAUCUAUGAUGCAAAAUCCUGAAUUGGGUUCUGCUUCUGUGUUGAAUCAGUGGGAAAAUGAAGGCAAAACUCUUACCAAAUGGGAACUUUGUAGAAUUGUCAAAGAGUUGAGAAAGUAUAGAAGACAUGAUAAAGCUCUUCAGGUAUAUCAGUGGAUGAACAAUAGACCAGAGAGGUUUAGAAUAACUGCAAGUGACGCAGCGAUUCAGUUAGAUCUAAUCGCAAGAGUUCAGGGAGUUUCUAAUGCAGAAGGAUAUUUUAUGAACCUGACUAAUGAUUUAAAAGACAAGAGGACAUAUGGUGCCCUUUUGAAUGCGUAUGUUCAUUCUAGAUCAAGAGAGAAAGCAGAAUUUUUACUCGACGCAAUGAGGGGUAAAAAGUACUUAAAUUCACUACCGUUUAAUUUAAUGAUGACUCUCUACAUGAACCUUAAGGAUUAUGAUAAGGUUGAUAUGAUGGUUUCAGAGAUGAAAGAAAAGAACAUACAGCUAGAUAUAUAUACAUAUAAUAUCUGGUUAUCUACGUGUGGAUCUCAAGAAUCAGUAGAAAAGAUGGAACAAGUGUUUGAACAAAUGUCAAAGGAUCCUACGAUUAUCCCUAACUGGAGUACAUUUAGCACAAUGACUGCAAUGUACAUUAAGAUGGAAAUGUUUGAAAAAGCACAUGAGUGCUUAAAAAAGAUGGAGGUUAGAAUAAUAGGUCGAGAUCGAAUACCUUUUCAUUAUCUCCUGAGUUUGUAUGGAAGCAUUGGAAACAAGGACGAAGUUUAUCGCGUGUGGAAUAACUAUAAAACAAUAUUUCCAAGUAUACCAAAUUUGGGAUACCAUGCUGUUAUUUCUUCUCUAGUGAGAAUAAACGAUAUUGAGGGUGCGGAAAAGCUUUAUGAUGAAUGGGUUUCAGUAAGGCCGUCUGAUGAUUCUCGAGUAGCAAACCUUAUCAUAGGCUGGUAUGUUAAGAAGGGCAAAUUUGAUAUAGCUUUUAAUUUCUUUGAAAACAUGAUUGAAGGUGGAGGAUCUCCGAAUUCGAAUACAUGGGAGAUUCUUGCUGAGGCUCAUAUUGCUGAAAAGAGGAUUUCAGACGCCCUAUCGUGCUUGAUAAAGGCUUUUAAGACUGUUGGUUCAAAGAGUUGGAAACUGAAGCCAAUAAAAUUAGCUGCAUUCCUGAAGCUUUGUCGAGACGAAGACGACAUGGAGAGUGCCGAAGUUUUAAUUGAGUUAUUGAGGCAGUCAGGAUACCAUAAAGACAAAGUGUAUGCAUCACUCAUUGGCAAUGAUGAACUGUCAAGCACGAUUGAAAGAAUUGAUGAUAUUGUUGACGGUGAAAACAUGGAUGAUGAUGAUGAUGAUGAUGAUGAUAACGACGACGACUCUCAAGUGGUUUUCAACCAAGUAGAUAGUAGCUUUUGAUACCUAUGUAAUAUGGACUCUUCAAAUUGAAGGUGUUUGACACAUACGACAUCAACACGUGUGAUUACACUAAAUCACUUCCAUUUGCUUAAAUUAUUAUUGGUGUCUAUGAGUCAGUGUCAGGAUCAAAUCUCUUAUGCAGUUAUGCUAGCUUAGGACAUGGACCAUGGUGCUUUGCUCUAACAGGAAUUGAUUCUUCUGAUGCAUGUGAUCUGAGGCAUCCUUGUGUCUUUUUGAAUAUGAUUUUGUUUAUAUUUGGACUAAAGUAGUGUUACAUAAUUACAUUAUAAUAUAUCUGUGUAUUACUGAUUA